UCGCGAGAGCGCUAUUCAAAAAUUGGCGCUUUCGCCGUUGUUCACAGUUCAAAAUCCGACUUCCUGCAGCAGCAUCAACAUGACUGGAGACACUGAUCUGGAGAUUGAAGAAGCUUUCCGUCGUGCACAGAAAGCUCAUAACAACAAGGCCAAACUUGUGGCCAGUUUGAGGAACGGCUAUAAUAAGUUGGAGGACAAGACUGAAUUCCAUGAGGAGUUCAUCCGCUGCCUGAAGUAUGCCAUGAUCAUUUACACCCGAGAGCCAGCAGUGGAAAACGUCAUUGAUUUUGUCACAAAGUUUGCUGCUAGUUUUGAAAUGCCUGUAAAUGAGGCAGAAGAGGAGGAAGAGGAGGAAGACGAUGACAACGAGUUCUUGAACUUCCUGUUCAGCUUUCUGUUGGAGUCUCACAGUGCAAACAGCCAUGCAGUGCGGUUUCGUGUAUGUCAGCUGGUGAAUAAGCUUCUUGGCAGUCUGAGUGAGAACGCUCAGAUAGAUGAUGAUCUGUGCGACCGGAUCCAUGAGGCCAUGCUUGUCAGAGUCACAGACAAAUACCCUAAUGUCAGGAUACAGGCAGCUUUGGCCAUGGCCCGACUGCAGGACCCCAGUAACCCUGACUGUCCGACUAUCAAAGCGUAUGUUCUGCUUCUGGAAAAUGACUCCAAUCCUGAGGUUCGUCGUGCUGUGCUGUCCUGUAUCGCUCCCUCGGCCACUACACUCUCUAAAAUCUACAAGCGCACCAAGGAUGUCAAAGAGAAAGUCCGGAAACUUGCCUAUCAGGUUCUUGCAGAGAAAGUGCAUAUCAGAGCUCUGUCCAUUGCUCAGAGAGUCAGUCUACUGCAUGAAGGCCUCAAUGACUCAGCAGACUCUGUGAAGGAGGUCGUUAAGACCCAUUUGCUGCCUGCUUGGCUUCGCUUGCUCCAGGGAGAUGUGUUGCAGUUGCUGCACAGACUAGAUGUGGAAAACUGUUCUGAGACUGCAGUGACCACCCUACAUGCCAUCUUCUCUAUGGCAACAAGCCCUGAUGAGGUCCUGCAGAAUGGUGCCAGGCUGGAUGAGAGGAAGCUAAUUCCUGUGGGCUCCUUAACAUGUGAGAAUAUGUUAUACUGGAGAGCACUGUGUGAGUUCGUCAAGAGUAAAGGAGAUGAGGGAGAGGAAUUACUGGAGAAAUUACUACCUGAGGCGGCCAUCUUUGCGGAGUAUCUGUACAGUUAUCUGAAGACCAUUUCUCAGCUGUCUGAGGAGCAGAGAGCUGAUAUGACACAGCUUGAGAUGGUGAUGACCCAGGAGUUUGUUGGCCAACAAUUGAUUCUGCUAGUAGGGUGUCUGGACACUUCCGAAGAAGGUGGAAGGAAGCGCAUGGUGGCAGUGCUGCAAGAUAUUCUUGUGCUGCCCAACACGCCCACUUCUCUGAUUGGUCCACUGGUGGAGAAACUGAUUGGCAUUUUACGAGAUGAGACACAGAAACUUCAAGUGAUUGCUGAAAUAAUCUCUGAUGUAAGAGAGCCAAUUAUGCCCAUCGCUGAGCCUGUGGAUGAUAAUGAGAAACGCAGGAAACAAGUCAGACUGGCUGAGGUGCGGGUGCAGAUAAUGGAAGCGAAGCAGAAUCUAGAAGAAUGCAUCAGCUGUCAGGACUUCAGUCGUGCAGCUGAGCUGAAGGAGUCCAUCUCUCAGCUGGAGGAGUUAAAAAACCAGCUCGCCCUGGAGGCCUCACAGCCCAAAGAGAAUAUUAAGGAGCAGCAUGUGGAAAAGAGUGAUCCAGAGACUCUUUUGAAAUGUCUAACGAUGUGUGCUGAGUUAUUCAAGCAAAUUAACAUCAAGAGAGGAAUCUGCCCUACAAUGACUGCUCUAAUAGAGUCACUGAUAUUACCAAGUGUGUCCAACCCUAACCCUGCUGUACGCAACAUGGCUAUUAUCUGUUUGGGAACUGCUGCUCUCCACAGCAAAGACCUCGCCAACACUCACCUCGUGUUGCUCUUGCAGAUCACGCAGCUAGAUGAGCCUAAAAUCAGAAUCAGUGCUCUCCGAGCUCUUGUUGACCAGCUUCUGCUGAACGGCCUCAACAUCCUGCAAGCCAAGCCUGCUGUUCCUUCCUCCCAACCACCUGACUCGCCAGACAACACUGAUGGAGAUUCUAACCAAAUAGUUAAGGAUGAGGAGGAGAGUCCCAUGCAGAGCAUUUUAAAGAUGCUGUCAGAUUUCCUUGAUAGUGAGAUCUGUGAACUCCGCACAGAGACAGCAGAGGGUCUGGCCAAGCUGAUGUUCUGUGGGAGGAUCGUAAGUCCAAAGCUGCUCUCCCGCCUGGUGCUGCUAUGGUACAAUCCUGUAACGGAGGAUGACCUAAGACUACGCCAUUGCAUCGGGGUAUUCUUACAGAUGUAUGCCCGAGGGAGCAGAGCUAAUCAAGAGUGUGUGGAGGAAAGUUUUCUGCCAACCAUGAGAACACUGUUCAACGCUCCUGUGACCUCUCCUUUGUCUGAGGUGGACACCUCCAACGUGGCUGAACUCUUCGUUGAGCUUACACGACCCAAUGCACUUGUGCAACCUCCUGCCAUACAGGGUGUGUCCGUACACGACUCUCUGGCAGCACGUGUUUGUAAUGAGAUCUUGAGGGACGUCUCUGCUCCUGAAGUGCGUCUCUACUGUAAAACCCUCAGCUGGUUGGAGAUUAACACUGAACCAGGACCUGCCAACAGUGAAUUGCAGCUCCUACUAAAAGACAUUUUACAGGAACUGAAAGAUAAGUACUGCACAAGGGUUAUUGAGAAGCUUCGUAACCAGCUUAACGGAGAUCGUUCUACUAAAUCGGCCAGUCACCAAGACACCACCUUGCUCGCCCUGGAUGAUAACAUUGGAGAGACCAAAGAUGAGACUAAACCUAAACGUGCCAAAAGAGGCCAGAAAAAAGCUUCCACUGCCAAGAAUGGGAGGAAAGCCAGUAAAGCAGAGUCCUCUGAUGAAAGUGAUGAAGAGAAUGUUCCUGAAGCCCCAACAUCAGUGAGACCAAGUCGCCGUGCUAAGCUGGCUGCUCUGGAUAAAACUAAGCAGGAUCUCACUGCCCUCAUUAACCAAGAGGCCGGUGGUUCAUAGGUCAGAUUUUGUGCACUCUUAAUUUAGAGCAGCAAGUUAUUUUACCACUUUAACAUAUUCAUGAACUGACUGUCUGUCGUAGCUUGCAAUACAUGCAUUUGCAUUUCAAUAAAAAUAUAGAAAUGAGGGAUCAGGCCUAACUACUCAUUCCUGCCCCCAUCAGUUUCUUAUUAUUUGCUGUUAUGAAUGGUUUGCACCACAAAUAAAUAUUGGAACCAUUGGUGCAUGUCCGUAACAGCUGACACUUGGAAAUUGGCUGAGAAACCAGUUUAAGGUACCAUUUUAACAUGGUCACAACUUUUAUUAUUAUUCAAUAUGCUUUUUCUAAAAUUUUUCACAGAAUAAAACUAUUGACAGAAAAAUGAAAUCAUGUAUGUGCAAUAGUU